AUGGCAACAACAGCAACGACAUUGAGAAACGGUUAUCGGAGGCCGAAAUAUGGCGCUGUCAACAAUACGACUUUGCCCCUGAGUCCAAAUGUACAAAUCUCCACAGCCCACAUAUCGCAUCCAAUACGACAUUCAUAUGAUUUAAACCAGAAACGGCAUGGUCUAUCUGUCUGCCAAAUCACAGCUUAUUUAUCAGUAAAAUCGGCUGCUGAUUUGUUUUUUAAUUUCUUCCAAACAUUGGUGGAGAAAAAUGCCAAAGUAACGAUAGAGCUUAAAAACGACCUUCAAAUAUCAGGAAAACUUCAUGCCGUUGAUCAGUACCUGAAUAUAAAGCUCAGCAAUGUGACUGCCAGUGACACUGAGCGUUACCCUCAUUUGCUGUCUGUGAUGAACUGUUUUGUCAGAGGUUCGGUAGUUCGCUAUGUCUUCUUCAACCCUGAGGACAUUAACACGGAGGAAUUACAAGAGCUAUGCAGAAGGGAAGUCAUGAAACAGAACAUUGAUAAGUCCUAG